AUGGACCCAGAGACACCCAGAAAUACACGCUACAACCUUCGUAAGCGAAAGGCCAAACCAGAGCCUCGCCAGGGAACCAGUGGGAAGGUUCUUGCCCGUUACACUCGGAAAAGAGUCGCCCCAAGACUCAAAACUACUGCGGCCAAAGGUAAAGGCAAAAGGCCAAUUCGCAGAAGAGCCAUUACGGAAACAAAAGAAGGGAUGUUGCCAUCCGGCGUUGGGGGUGGUCGUCACCAACGUCCGAAAGAAAGAGUGGUAACUUGGCAGCAUGAUGGAUCGCGGAUUGACGAUCCAGCCAACUUGCCGGCACAGUGGGAUGCUAAUGAGUAUGAUCUUGACGAACAUGAUAUCGACGGUAACAUUGCACGAUGCCAUCUGAGAAUUCAGGAGAAUAUUUUACCACACAUGUUUGAAGCCCGCUUGGAGAGAUACAUGGGUCUCAAAGCAGAGCUCGAUGCCAUUAUAGCCGCUGCACCAGGACUACCCUGGAGAGUUGCCCAGCGCCUGGACGACCUUCGCGCUAUUGAGAAGGACUUGCUCAAUAACGACCCACAGGAGCAGAUGGUCAAUGUUCGAGCGAUAAUUGCAGCUUACCACAAUGGAUCACUAAUUUGGAAACGUGGCACUGUCACUUUCUGGUCUCACGGUACGCUGGUAUGGGGCCCCGGAAAGUUUGACUGGAAGACCUUCAACCAAGUCAACAAAGAGCACCAAGGUCACACGUCAUUCUGGGUUGAAGAGUGCAAUCCCGAUAUGGGAACCCUGUUCAUUGGGUGGAAGGAAUCCCCGGUCAACAUAUACGGCCAGCAUAACAUGAGACUGCGUCUUCGAGUCCCUGGCAUCGCCGAUCCAUUCGCUACCCGCGUUUGGGAUUUCAUGGACGACACAGGCGCUUCUGCCACAGGCAUUUACGCCUGCGACUUGCAAGAACUCGAAAACGCAGCCCACGUUAAGCUCGAAGCCUUUGGCCAUGAGCGAAUCGCAACGGCCAGUGGCAAAAUCUGCGUUCCGGCAUAUCACCUGCAAGCCCGGUUACUGGCCGACGAUGACUCCGUCAUGCUGAUCCCCUGGACAGACCUUAAAAUUUGGGUUAUGCCCGGCCAGCCCACGAAAAGACACCCCAGACUCUGCGGAAUCUGGACGCAUCAUUUGUUGUAUUUUGCUAACGUCCCAGAUAACCAAGGUAUACUAUACAUGUGUGAUAAGAAGAGUGAUUUGACUGAUGCAUUGCCCGAUGUUGAUGCGACACAGGCGACGCCCCCGGAUUGGGAUUACCUUGAAUUCUGGAGUGACGACGAGAUGGAUAUCACGCUGUAG